UCUGUAUCUGUCUGCCACCGUUGAAGCUAGCUUGUUUGGCCGCGAAACUCUCUACAAUGGCGGCUUUCCUUCUUCUCUCUUCUCCUUCUUUCACCUGCCACAGGAUGAGCGAAAUCUGUCUUUGCAUGCAGUCCUUGCAGUUGCAAAAGGGCACCACAUGCUCCUCAGUUAGCCUCCAAAAACAGAAAUGUAAUAUCAAGCUUUAUGCGGUACCUGUUAGAGCCUUUUCUUGUCGAUUUGCGUCGACUGGUUCUGCUUCUAGUAGAGCUGAUUUGGGCAGUCAGAGGAAACAUAUUGCUUCUGCCUUCACUGUUCCAAAUGGGUAUCAGAGGGCUGGUCACAUGCACUACCGUACUGAUGGGAACAGCACGAGUGAAUUUGAGGGUCAGUUGGACGAAUUAUUCAACGAAGUCAGAAUGCUGAUUGUUAGCGGAAGGAAGAAUGAUGCUGUUGAGCUACUUCAAGCAAAUUAUGAAGCUGUAAAAGAACAGAUGGAAUCAGGUGCUAGUGGCAUUGAACAAGCUGCUGUUCUUGACAUCGUGGCUUUGGGGUAUAUAACUGUUGGAGACUUGAAGUUUGUUGCUUCUAUACUGGAUAUAUUGAACAGCAUUGUUGACAGUCUGAAGGACAGUGAACCUUUUCUGGAUUCAGUGCUUCUGCAUAUGGGGAGCAUGUACUCAACUUUAAAAAAGUUAGAGAAAUCAGUGUCUGCGUACAAAAGGGCUAUUGACAUCAUAGAGAAGAAAAGUGGCCAAGACAGUAGCUUUCUCAUCACUCCAAUUUUAGGGAUGGCCAAAGUUCUUGGUACCAAUGGAAGAACUACCAAAGCAGUAGAGUGUUACCAUCGUGCAAUUUCAAUUUUGGAAUCAACCAGAGGCUUUGAGGACGAGGAUUUGGUUAUACCUUUAUUUAGUCUGGGCAACCUUUUGCUCAAAGAAGGAAAAGGCAAGGAUGCCGAAACUUGUUUU